AUGAUAGACUACAUCAAACUAUAUCAAGACAAAGAUUACACCAAUCCAAAGAAGCUACUAAUUCAAAUAAUACUACUACAAGUAUUCUACUACUUAUCAGCGCUCAUCAUAUUCUACAUUGUCGCACUACUCAAUGGGUACGAAUUUUCAAUAGAUUGGAUAUUCCAAUGGCAAUUGGUUUCCUUUGAAAACACUUUGGGGUUAACUCUAUUUGCAUUAUGGUUGUUUGACUCGCUUACAUGUGUGCUAUUUGUUACCAUCAUUGUUGGUCGGUCAAAACUUGCAUGGGAUUUUGCAGUCACAAUACACAUUAUCAAUCUCAUAAUAACGUGGUGCUAUGUUGGGAAAUUUCCCACGAGCAUGCUUUGGUGGAUGUUACAGGUAAUUAGUGCCUUCUUAUUGGUUACAUUGAGCACGUACUCUACCAGGUGGAAGGAAUUGAGGGUAACAUUUUUCACAAACAUGUUGGAAACCCGACAACCUGAAACCGUGGAACUAGAUGAAUUGAAUAGAACGAGUUGA